AACCAGCGAUAGGGCUCCGACUUCUCCCAUAGCGGGUUGUAUAUUACUGCCCCGGUUCCAGCAAUCGACCACUGCUCUCUUUCUUAAUUCACUUCUUGGGCCCGUUGGACCAAACCCUCAUUUACACACGCCCUUUCUCAACCCGACAUCUCGUCGCACAUCCCAGAGAUUCGGUCACCAUGUCGUAUUCAUGGAUCGGUGCUCCCACCGAAUUUAACGGGACUGACGCCAUCACCGGCGGAGAUUCUCUAACGGAGAACUUGAACCAAUGGUACGAUGCGGGUGACCAGGCAUACAUCCUCGUGGCCUCGGCCAUGGUCUUGAUCAUGGUCCCGGGCCUCGCCUUCCUCUACUCGGGUCUUGCGCGCAGAAAAUCUGCUCUGUCUCUCAUCUGGGCCUGCAUGUUCUCCUCUUCCGUCAUCACUUUCCAAUGGUAUUUCUGGGGAUAUUCGCUCGCCUUCGGCCCGUCCACCAAUGGCUUCAUCGGCAACCUCGACAAGUUUGGUCUCAAGGGUGUUCUCGGUGCUCCUAGCCCUGGCAGUCCGUUGAUCCCCGAAUUGCUAUAUUCCUUCUACCAGCUACAAUUCUGCGCUGUCACUGCUGCUAUCGUCGUCGGUUGUGUUGCUGAGCGCGGUCGCUUGAUUCCCAUGAUGGUCUUCAUCUGGCUGUGGGCCACCAUCGUAUACUGCCCGGUCGCGUACUGGGCGUGGAACUCGAACGGAUGGUUUUUCGUGUGGGGAGGCCUCGACUACGCAGGUGGAGGCCCCGUCGAGAUUGUGUCUGGUUGCUCCGCCUUGGCCUACUCCCUGAUCCUCGGACGCCGCCAGGAGAAGAUGAUGUUGAAUUUCCGUCCUCACAACGUUUCCCUCAUUACUCUCGGCACCAUCCUUCUGUGGUUCGGCUGGUUGGGCUUCAACGGAGGCUCUGCUUUCGGCGCGAACCUACGUGCGGCCAUGGCCUGCUGGAACAGCAACAUCACUGCCGCGUUUGCAGCCAUGACUUGGGUUAUCCUCGAUUGGCGCCUGGCUCGCAAGUGGUCCAUGGUCGGUUGGUGCUCAGGUUGCAUUUCUGGACUUGUCGCUGCUACUCCCUGCUCUGGUUUCCUACCUCCAUGGGCUAGUGUUGUCCUCGGUAUCACCACUGGCAUUGUCUGCAAUUUUGCCACCAAGAUCAAGUUCUGGAUCAAGAUCGACGAUUCCCUCGAUGUGUUCGCUGAGCACGGCGUCGCCGGCAUGUGGGGACUCUUUAUGAACGGCAUCUUUGCUGCCGAUUACAUCAUCGGACUCGACGGCGUCAACGCCGGCCUCGCAGGCGGUGCCAUCACUGGAACUCCUGAGGCUAUCUACAAGCAGAUUGCUUACGUCGUUGCCGUUACUGCCUACUCCUUCGUUGUCAGCGCUAUCCUCGCUUUCGUGAUCAACAAGAUUCCCGGUCUUCAUCUUCGUGCGUCCGAGGAAGCUGAGCUUUUGGGCAUGGACGACGACCAACUUGGCGAAUUCGCCUACGAUUACGUUGAGGUUCGCCGAGACUACCUGGCAUGGACGCCGGCCAAGGGCGAGCCUAUGGACAGCGAACACUCGGUUCCCCAGGGCGAACGCCACGGCAUUCCUCAACACAGUCAGAUGUUGGAGGGCAAGGCUCCCAGCGAGAACUCUGGCAAUGAACACACAGGCAUUGCGGGUGACAGACACGCUGUCGCCAUGGGCACGGAGCAUGAGAAGCAGCGCCUCGCCUAGAAGUCAGGUUGCUUGUUUCUUGCUUAAAUUCUGUCUUUAGCCUGUUUGGAGUUUCUAGAUACCACUGCGCCUUGUCUUCUUUGU